AUGCCUGCUGUCCGCCAACGUGUCCGCCGUUCUGCAAGGCUUCAAGCAGACGCUCGAAGUCGCCCAAAGGCGAUGGAGUUACCCCCCCAUCCAUCCACAUCCCGUGGAAGAGGGAAGGCUCGAGGACGUGGGUCCAAUCCCACUCAUAAUCAGGCUCCUAGGCCUGCCGGACCGAAGAUAAUCGUCCAUUGGACCAAACCUUCAGAUCUCCACCGCACAGACACUCUGGUGCGGCAUCUUUCCACUAAUUCUGCAGAUGCUCGCGUACUAUUCUACGAGGGGAAAAAAACCGCUGCUUCUAACAAUGAUGAGCGUCCUUCUGGAAAGGACAAAGGGGAAAUCCAUCGGUUCUUGGCGAAACUGAUCUUUGAGAAGGACUCGGAUUAUUCGGCGGCAUAUGCUGAGGACCCAAAGAAAUUUGACGUCGCGGUGGGCAACCGCAUUGUAUCUCUUAAGAAGUCGUUCAAGGAGCAACUCAACAAAUUCAACAAGACCGGUGCUGGCGUCACCCCCCUUGAUGAAAACGCAGCAGCUAAUCUACACAAACAAGUACUGCUCGAGUUCCCAUGCCGGGAGUCGACCAUGCCGGGGACUUCUAUGCACUUAUUCAUCCACGUGGGGGGGCUGGUCCCUCCACGAACACAGAGCCUCCUGGCCCUCAACUCCUUCAACCGGACCCUCGACUCCUUCAACCGGACCCUCACCUCCUUCAACCGACCCCUCACCUCCUUCAACCGACCCCUCACCUCCUUCAACCGACCCCUCACCUCCUUCCCCCAAACCCUCAGCUCCCUCCCCCAAACCCUCAGCUCCCUCCCCCAAACCCUCAGCCCCCCUCUCCAAGACUCUCGGCUCCCUCUGCCAAACCAACUUGACACUGGCGCUCAGCGCAGUCCCCCAGCUUACCUUCCCCCUUCACAUCACCCCCCUCCUCAUUUCACUGGCGCCGGGGGCAGUCCAGUUGAUGACCCAGAUGGUGACCUCUAUGAUGACCCUUACGCCGAUGACAACGGCCCUCUCUCUGCUCCCCUUGGGAACGCGCUGGAUGUGUUAGACGGAGACGUCAACAUGUACGAUGACGACGAUGACGACGAUGGGGUGGAGUACAACUCCUCCCGGUGUCGUGUCGUCAGCAGUCCCCCCAAAGUGCCUCUCCUUCUCCCCCUCCUGUCCAAACUAACUGCCUUCGUUCUCCCGCGGAAGCCCCAGACACCGGCAUACCAUAGUCGCAUGGCGUUUGGCUCUGCCUCACCUGGCAGCCAAGCGCCACGUAGACCUCCAUCAUUUGCUUCAUCGUCGGGGAUAUCCCGCAGCCGCUCCACUCCCUCAUCCACAGCAUCCUCGUCCUAUCAAUCGACCGACUAUCGCAUUUCGCCGACGGCAUCCCAGACAUCACUGUCUGCAAAGCCGCAGAGCUCGGCCGGCUCGAAAAAGAAGAGGACUUCGGCGACGGACGUUGAGGGCCACCUCAGCAUGCUCAACGACGAAAUUCGGAGCAUGCAGAGUGACAUGUCCGAGCGCCAGGGAUCGAGGAACGAGCGUUACACCAUCAAGAUGAAUUAUCAAUCUCAGAAGAAGGAAUUUCAGUGGCGCUGCGAGUCUCGUUCGCACGAUGUCCUCCUUUCGGCCACCACGCAUCAACGCGAGCAGGAGGCCAAGGACAAGGAGAUUUUGCGCCUUCAGGCUGCAGCUGCCUUGCAGGAAAAGGAGGCCGAGACCUGGCGCCUGAAGAUUCAAUACGAGACCAUGAUCCGUGCUGGUCCCUCAACCUCGUCACCAUCAGUUUGA